UGUUGGGAGGACGGUGUUGUCAGGACGGGUUGAGGGCGAUGGCGGCGCUGGGCCGCCUCUGGCCGCGGGCUGUUGGCGGCAGAUUUUUCCUACUGCAGCAAGCUGCAGCCUGCCCUUUCCAGCUCCGAACAGCCUCGGUUCUCUCAAGUUCCCUGGAGCUGCCUCUUAGAAGCCAUCUGUCCUUCAAGCCUGCACGCAUCGGUGCCGGCCUGGCGUCUUCCUGGAACCACCAACAAAUCCGCACAAAAGCGCGUGGGAACGAGUAUCAGCCCAACAACCGCAAGCGCAAGCGAACCCACGGCUGGAUCAAGCGCAUCAGCACACCAGGCGGCAUCGAGGUUAUCCUCCGACGCAUGCUGAAGGGCAGAAAGUCCCUGAGCCACUGAAAGCUCUGCCCGCAAGGUGGAUGUAGUGCGAGGCGAGCCCAAAUCGAGACCCCGUCGAGCUGCCACGGCUUCGGAAUUGAGCCAGCGCGAGGGUCUGUGCCGAGCGGCGGCGACCGACCGUCCCUCUCCUGUCGGGAAUGUGUGGGGAACGGCGCCGGCUUGAGGCUGGCCUCCGAGGGCUUUGUUUAAUGGCCUGCUUUUUAAAUCAUAAAAUUGUUGCCGCUUUGUAGAUGUGAUUCAAAGAUAAACUUGUGAAAACACGAGCUGUAAUUAA